GGCACUGACACGCGCCAACAACCCCUGGAUCUCGCCAGGUCCCGCGUGCCAGUGCAAGUUGCGAGAUCGAUGGAUGGAUCGGAGCCAACGGGGCAGCCGGAGCCGGCACCAAGUACAAUGCUAUCGGCCGCGCUGCACGCGGCCGCGGUCUGCCGUCGCCAUCUGCCGGGCUCUCUUCUUAACUCGCUAUCGACAACGCAUCGAACAGUCCCGCGCGCACACUCGCACGCACUCGACGCUCAUUCACUGAGCCAUUUACUCAGAUCACCAACUCCAGAUCUCAAUGGCGCACUCGCGCAGCCACCACCACCUCCUCCUGCUCCCCGCGCCCAUGGCCACGGCGUGCUUGCUCCUCGCCACCCUCCUCGCGCUCUGCGCCGCGCCGGCGCCGACCCACGGCGCGCGCGUCCUCAUGCCGGGCGGCGCGGGCGCGGUGACCAAGGCGCAGCAGGGUGGCACCGGCAGCGGCAGCAACGCGACGGCGGACGAGUACCUGGCGCCGCACAACCAGGCGCGCGCGGCGGUGGGCGUGGCCCCGCUGCGGUGGAACGCGGGCCUGGCUUCGGCGGCCGCGGGGACGGUGGCGCAGCAGCGGCGGCAGGGCGGGUGCGCGUUCGCGGACGUGGGGGCCAGCCCCUACGGCGCGAACCAGGGGUGGGCGAGCUACCGCGCGCGCCCCGCCGAGGUGGUGGCGCUGUGGGUGGCGGAGGGGCGGUACUACACCCACGCCAACAACACGUGCGCCGCGGGGCGGCAGUGCGGCACGUACACGCAGGUGGUGUGGCGCAACACCGCCGAGGUCGGGUGCGCGCAGGCCAGCUGCGCCACGGGCGCCACGCUCACGCUCUGCCUGUACAACCCGCACGGCAACGUGCAGGGCCAGAGCCCCUACUAGCUAGCUGAGGUCAUCAGGUCGUAGCGACGGAGCCCAACUGCCGCCGCCGGCGGCAGCGGAGUACGUAGGUUCAUCAGUCUUCUCUAGUUCGGUCACGGAAAGGCUGUUUUGUGGUGUGAUCCGGUGGUGUUCUUGGUGUUGUUGACAACUGCUUUGGUUUGGUGUAUCAGCUUUUGUUGCCGGGUAAAACGCCUGUGAGCUGUGAUGUGAUGCUUCAUCCUCGUGGACUCU